AUGUUCUUGAUUCUUUUUGAAUCGAUUGGAAGCAUUACUUAUGAUAAUGGUAUAUUUCAAAAGCAUUAUAAUGAAGGUGAUAUCAUUGUUACAGCAUCAGGUUCAUCUAAACAGCAGAUUAACGAUACCGACCAACUAACUAAGCCAGAAUAUGCAAUUUACCCAUGGGAAAAGAAAUAUGAUUGGUGUUCUCAGAUCAGUCAUUCAUAUGAAGAUCAUCCUUACAUUGUUUUUGCCAUGAAAUCGAAGAAGUUUAAAUUUAAUGGCUACUUCGUUAGGUGCGGUUGCUGUUAUGAUGGAUGCUGCUGUGAUGAUGAUUAUUACCAUUAUUGCUUAGAUUGCUGUCUAUACAGUUGGUCACUACAAAUAUCAGAUGACAACAAAACAUGGAAAACAAUUCAUCAAGUAGAGAAAGAUGAUUCUAUGCGGAUUUGUAGCGAAAAAGAGUAUCAUUUAGAUAAGGAAUAUAUCUCAAGGUAUGUUCGAUUGAUCCAAGACAAACCAUGUCCAGGAUAUCCUCCAUGCAUUGCAAUCAACAAAUUCGAUUUGUACGGCAAUUCCGUUGGUGAUGAUUCAUCACGAGAUGACGAAUUUGUUUCAUACCACGACGAUGAUGACGAUGUCAGCAUCAUUGGCCACAUUUCUAAGAAUGGAAGAUUAUAA